AUGAAGUUGGCCGGCGGCGGUUGGCGGCAGUCCGGCGGCGGCGAAAGGGUAAAUGGGUUAAACUUAAACGAGAACCCAAGGCAUAGACUCACAGCUCCCGCUACUCAGUCCGCUUUCACGACUCCAUCGACGGUGGUGAGGCGGCGAAACCCAAGCAAACCCGCGACCUACGCACUCAAAAUGGUCAAGGGCAGUGGUUUUCUGCUAAAAUGCACCACCGGCGCCGGAAUAAACGCGACCCUCGCCGAGAUUCUAGUUUGCCCGCUGUCCAAACAGCCCCUCAGGCUGUGCCGGCAGACAAAUUCACUGAUCAGCGACUCCAUCGGCGUUUCUUAUCCGAUCGUUGAUGGAAUUCCUCGCCUUGUCCCCACAGACGGCAAGGUAUUGGACGCCGAUGAGACCCCAAUUUCCGGCAACGUUAACAGUGUGAUUCAGAAAAGUGAGAAGUAUUUGAAGAAAGCUCACUUGACAAAGCUUUUCUCUGAGUAGUAUCCUUUUCAAAUGAUUUUUCUUGUAUUGCAUAGUAAAUUCCUUUCUAUUACCUUGGGAUUUCCUUCUUGAACCAUUGUGUGUUCAUGUUGCAGUUUCUUUUCUGCAGAAUUAUAAGGAAUGAUAACUUGUGCAUUGUACUUAUCUAUUGAAGACACAUUGUUUUCUUAUUUAAAGGACAGAUUUUGUGAAAGAUGGAAUUCUUCAAAAUGGGUAGUACAUCUGUAACAUAAUUAAAUCCAUGAAAUAAUAUGUUAAAGCUGUCUUAACUCGUGUGAAUACACGAAUGCCAUUAUAUACAGCUAAGCAAACUCAAUCCGACUCAUGCACAUUUGUGAUCAAUAUGUAUCGACAUUUGAAAUCUGCAUUUCUAAUGACUUUGUGUGUUGUGACAUGUCGAUAGUAAAAAAUUCGACCUUGAUUGACGAUUCUUGUUAGAAAACUUUUGUAUUUUGUCCCAAACAUAUUGAAUUAAUGCUCAACUUUUGUAUUUUGUCACAACCAUAUCGACAUAUUGAGUUAAGAAUGCAAUUUUGCCUAGGGCUUUCAAUAAAGCUACUGCCUUUUUAUGCAUGUUAUUGGACAAUAUUGUUAUACUUGUUUAGUGUGGGGCAUUUUCUGCAUUCUUAUUCUCACACUUCUAAUUGUAGUUUUGACGGUGAGUUCUUGUGAUUACAAGCAACUAAGCAAGAUUCGUGCACCUUGUGAUUUCUCCUUCAUGAAGUUGUCCACAGAAGAAAAGAAAAGAAAACGAACAGUUAUUUUCUGUUUUCGCUUCAACAGAAGUUUUUUCUGUACCUGAAUUCCCAGUGCUAAUAGGAUCAUAGACUGUUACAAAUAGUAUGCAGUAUUUGUACUGAAUCUUGAAUCUUAGAGCAUCUUCAAUGGAAAUUGUGUUGUAUGACAUGGAGAAAGAAAAUUAAAAAAUUAUAAUGGUUAGUGUUAAUUGUGGUAUCAUUUGUGAUGUGUAAAAUUGUAAUUGGUUGGAGAAGAUAAAUUGAAUAAAUAAUAUAAUAUAUAAUAUAAGUUGUUUAGAAGGACUUCUACAUCUAGAAAGCCGUCUAGACUUUUUCCAUGCCAUAUAAGAUUUUUUGUGCCAUGUGGUGACAAAAUAAAGCAAUGGAAAGACCAUUCGAGAUGCUCUUAUUAGAACGACAUUUUAUAUAUACAGCUGGGAUCAUCUAUUAGUUUUUCAAGUCCCUAAACGUGGCUAAACCAAAUAAGCCGAACGAAACUGUUCUCUAACAUUCGAAAAUCGAGUCGUGUUACUUAUUAGGUUUUUUUUUAAAUUAUUAUUUGUAUCUUUUGGUUUUGUGAAUUUUCCCUUCAAUCUUCAAUUUUUUCACAAUCCAAUAUCUGAGUAGCUUGCUUAAACUUCAAAUUGUAAUAAUAAUAAUAAUA